AUGGUACUUAACACUGUUGCAUCACAGCAAGAAGGUCCUAAAUUCAUCUCCACCAUCUACUGUUCUGGAGAGACAAAACUGACUAUUGAGUCUAGCACCUUGUCGGUCCUCAAUGACCUGCUGGCCAAAGUGUCCUAUACCAGCACCAUCUACCAUAUAAACACUGGAGACCUUGUCACUUUCCAGUUUGAAAACUAUGAAGCCGUGUUUCCCAUUACCAUCCAGCAGCCUCAUGUACCAGUCCUGUAUGACAUGGGAACAGAUAUCAGCUCUCAAGUUACCAUUGUCACAAAGACCUUCCUGCGCUACAAACAACUGAGGGUGUUGUUGGAUAGUAUCCGGACAUUCUAUAGUAACAUAAAAGUGAUUAUUGCAGAUGACAGCUUAGAACCAGAGAGCAUUACUGGAGAAAACAUCCAGCAUUACAUCAUGCCUCCAGCACAGGGCUGGUUUGCAGGCAGAAAUCUGGCUGUGUCACAGGUUACCACCAAGUACUUCUUGUGGGUGGAUGAUGACUUUUUGUUUUCUGAGAAGACAAAGAUAGAGAAACUUGUGGAGGUGAUGGAGGCAGUCCCAGAACUAGAUAUGGUUGGUGGGUCAGUGCAAGGGAACAAGUUUCACUUUUCUAUUCUGUAUGAGGAAGGAGAUGAAAACGAAGGUGGCUGCCUCUACAGGGAGUCUGGUGGUAAAUUCCAUUCCCUUCCUAGUUACCCACAAUGCCAUUUGGCCAGUGGAGUGGUCAACUUCUUCCUGGCUCGUACAGAUGCCAUGCAGAGGGUGAGAUGUGACCCGAAGCUCCAGCGAGUAGCACAUUCAGAGUUCUUCAUGGAUGGCAUGGGCUCUUUGAUGGUUGCCUCAUGUGGUGAUGUGACAAUUGACCAUCAACCUAAAACAGAAGAAAACCGUAAUCCUACCUACAACAAAUUCAGAAGCCCUGGAAGAAAUGAUGCAGAAUUCAAACUGCAGCUUCACUUUUUCAAAAACUACCUUAAGUGCAUUAGAUAUGGAUAG